AUGGGCCAUGGAGGUGUGACGAUUACCGUGGAGCUGGAGAGGGAGGGGCGUGCGCUUUAUGAGCUGGGCCCAUCUGAAGGGGGAAAUCCUUCACAACUAGCUGAUCGAUUUGCAAAGCUGGGCCAAAGGUGCUCGAAGGCUUCGAAGCCGCGACAGACUGACUGCAGCCCUUUUGCUGGCAGCCUCCAGGCAGCAUCCAACCGGAUUGGGGAGAAAGCCUGCCAACAUCCUGAAGCAAAGGAGGCCAGGGCGCUUUUCUGCCGCUAUCCCCCGCGCUUCUACGGCCACAAAGGUAUUUGCAAUCAGUACUCGCAGUUCUGUCCUUUUGAGGGGCUUCUUACAGAGACGAACCCUUUGUUUAUUGACACAGCAGUUGUCAACAUCGAUGCUGACAUGUUCUACUCGAUGGAGGAAUGCGGAGUUUUCCAAAAAGAGCUUUGGAUAUUCAAGGUGUUCGUGCACUGGUGCCCGCAUUGCCAACAGCUGAUGCCCCGCCUCUACCAGCUAGCACUAACCUUGCGCCAGCGCGGGGUCAAUACGCUGCGCUUCGGUGCUGUCAACUGUGCCACCGAGCACGAGCUGUGUGCAAAACAGAACUGGCCUGGCCAUCCCUUGCUCGUUGCCCGCUACCUGGGGUCAGACAGGGCAGUGCAUGAUGCUAUCGAGCAUUGGGUGGACGUUGUGAAAGACGCGCAGCUGCGGCAGAUGCUGCCGCGGUAUGCACUUCCCGGAGAGUUCCCUGUUCUGAAAAUUUUGCUGGAACAGCUGCCGAAAUCCAUGCUGUCUAAGGCCUCCUGGUCCCCCUUGUUUGAGGCUGAUGCUGAGCAGUCGAAAGCCGCGAACUGUGCUAACUUGACGGCUCUUCAUCCGGAGUUCCCUGAAGCAGUUGACGAACAAGUUGGCAACGGCUGGCAUGAUGUCGAGCGAAACUUCACGGUCAAGCGCAGAUGGAUGGAUGCAAUGCUUAUGCUGCGGCACAUCUUUCAGGAGUGGAUUGCUCCGGUUGGAGAUGAUGGCAACGUUGACGCUUUUGCUCACAGCCAGCUGCUGGUCAUCGAGCCGUGGGUGGAGCUGUUAGCCAGGAAUCUUCCAACAACUUUUGGCCUCGCAGAGGUUCUGCAAGAAUUACAUAGGUCCUUGGUACAGCGGGUGCGUGCUUCCCAAACAUCGGAAGGCAGUUCGCUUUGUGCAGACGAGUGGAAGGCGCUGACCACACCCUUGCUGGAUCGAAUAGCCGAAGUGGGCCAACGUGACUUUGCUGUGGCUUCGGCCUGCGCCUCUGACACCUGCCGGAUGUGGAGCCUGCUUCACAUGCUUGCUUCUGAAGGGUUGAGGCGCGAGCAACUGCCAAGAAAGAAUUUGACGACGCCGGCACCUUCCGCCCCAGAUGUGAUGAUGCAAACUGUGCAUGGCUUCCUGGAGCAGUUCUUCAAAUGCCACUACUGCAGGCGACACUUCUUGAAGAACUAUGAAGCGGGAUCCUUUGGCCGCGAUGUUGCGUUGGGUUCCCGAGAGCAGGUCGUCCUGUACCUGUGGCGCUUUCAUAACGCCGUCUCUGUCCGGGUUACUGCCUGGCACGGCUGCAACACCACGGACAGGCGUUGGCCACCGUCAGCGCUGUGCCCCAGGUGCUGGAAGCCUACGGCGGAUGAGUGGCCAGUGCUGUCUGAAGCCAAGGAUGUUGUCCAGGGCGGUGCUGCUCGCGCGCUAGACUUGGCGGCUUCGCCUGACGAAGAAGAGGUUCUCAAGUUUCUGCAGUCGGCCUUCACAGUGUCGGACCAAGAGAUGUGA